ACGGGUCCAGUCAGUCAGCGCUGCACGUUUCUGCACCGCACGGGAAUGAAUAAUUGAUCUUCGCUUCGGUUAAACCCAUUGAUGAGGAGGAACUGAUUGGUGAACGGAUUCCGCGCUCACUUUUUGGGAUUUACAUUCUUAGGUCGAACAUUUCUUUUCUCUUUUCCUCGACUGAAGAAAAGUUUGCUUUCAGACAAAACACAGCUGGAGGUGGCAGAUGGAAACAAGCUCUCAGUGUACACCAAGCGCACCUUAUCCCGGAGGUCUACCAACAUGGACCCGGAGUCACUGAGAAGGUGAAGACUUAGUGUUAAAUGCUCCCUGAGAGGCUUCCCUCAACACGGCGACUGCUCAAAAAACUGCUGUUAGUUCAGUGAUUGUGUGAACCAUUCACAUCCUGUUUGCCAUGGCAUCCAGUCUGACAUGUACGGGUGUUAUCUGGGCCCUGCUGUCCCUGCUAUGUGCUGCUGCCUCCUGCGUUGGCUUCUUCAUGCCCUACUGGCUGCUGGGGACGCAGAUGGAUAAGCCUGUGUCGUUCGGCACCUUCCGGCGCUGCUCCUACCCAGUCAGAGAUGAGGAGAGGCAGGCCACGGUGAUGCUGGAGCAGUGCGGGCGUUACGCCUCCUUCCACGGCAUCCCAAGUCUGGAGUGGAGGAUCUGCACGGUGGUGACUGGCGUGGGAUGCGGCCUCCUCCUUCUGGUGGCGCUCACGGCCCUCAUGGGCUGCUGCAUCUCUGACCUCAUCUCCCGUACAAUUGGCCGUGUGGCCGGCGGCAUCCAGUUUGUUGGAGGUCUGCUCAUAGGAUCCGGCUGUGCACUCUAUCCACUGGGAUGGGACAGUGAGGAAGUACAGCAGACCUGCAACAACAGCUCAGACCAGUUUCAGCUAGGGUCCUGCCAGAUCGGCUGGGCGUAUUACUGCACCGGGGCAGGGGCGGCGGCUGCCAUGCUGCUGUGCACCUGGCUGUCCUGUUUCGCCGGGAAGAAGCAGAAGCAGUACCCGUACUGAAGAGAGCAUCAGAGAGACGGGGACAGGCAGACCUCAGGCGGUGCGACUGAAGGGAGAGGACUCUGACUCUGUGGACUCACAACAGUACAGCACACCAGGCACCAAAGACAUCAAGUCGUUAUGGUGCUCUGCACAUCAUGGGACACUACUCAUCUGGCAACUGCAGGGACUGUUUCAUUAUGCAGCACACACAUGGCUUUGAAAACUGGUUCUUCUCUUAAAAGCUGUUCUUCAAUGAAAAAUGUAUGGACCAAUCCUAUUUGUAAAAUUGUUACAUAACUAUUUCUUUAAUGAAAAGAGUAUUCUCCUUUUUUUUGUCUUCCUGCUCUUCAGUUAUCAAUGUUGAUGUGAUAGUGCGCCGUGUGAUGAAGAGAAGAAAAAAGUAAUAUUGCUUCAUUGUUAUGUGAAGUGUUUCUGUUUCCUCUUCGUGUCUCAUUUUUGCCUUAUAAACAAACUGAAAUGCAAUAAUCCCUAUAACGUAAAGCAAUCCAAUACUGGCUGCCUGCUUCCUCCACUCAGCCUUUUCAGAUCCCAAAAAUCUAAGCAUAGUUUAUUUAACACAUUCGUUAGAUAUUUGUUGUGUAUGAUAAUGUGUUUUAUCAUAUUAGCACAUGUUUUGUAUUCACUCUUCAAAUUAUUCUUUGUCAUUAUUUUCGUUUUGUAAAUAAAUGUUUA